AUGGGACAAGAGCUCACUAAGGCGGUGUUCACGCCACCCCCGCCCUCCUACGACGACACGUUGGAAGGCCUUGCCUGGAUUCCUUCCAUCGUCUCCACAGCCGUGUCUACGGCCGCGUCGCGACAGCCGACCGAGGCGGCACCGCCCAUACCCACCGUGUUCCUCGAUUGGAAAGGCGCCAACGACGAAAGUGCUUUCUUUACGCUACUCUAUUGUAAUGGAAGCGCUAGCGACCUGGGGCUCACAUUGCCCUGGCUCAAGAUCCUACGCGACACCCUCCAUGUGAACGUGGUGGCAUUCGACUACACCGGCUUCGGCCUGCACGAGGGCAGCCCUUCAGAGAGCGCAUGCUAUGACGACGCGCGGGCCGUGUAUGCGUGGCUUACCUUGAGCAAGGGAAUCCAUUCGGACAAGCUCAUAGUUUCCUUUGCCGGGCUGGUCCUGCAGAGUCCCUUCACCUCCAUUCUCGCUCUCGAUGUCGCACACAAGUUCCACGUCGGAGUCCCAGACAUGUUCGACAGCCUCAGAAAACUGAAGCGGAUAUCGUGCCACGUGCUGGUGGCGCACGGCCAAAACGAUAAUUUGGUGCCCAAGACGCACCCCAAGAAGAUGGUCAGGAAGCUCGAGAACCUGUGGAAGCGCCUGGAGCUGGAGGGGGUGGGCCAUCACGACGUCGAGGCCUCCCACGACUGCCUCGACGCCCUGGUCGAAUUCGUGGAAUUUUUGAUGCCCAACGGCACCAGCAUCAAGUCGGAGAUCGUAGUGCCCAAACGCUACACUGACACCCCGGAACAGAUCGUGUCCGGCAUUUUGGGGCGGACGGGGAUGGAACAAUACACCAGCCUCUUCCUCUCUCAGGGCUAUAUGGACCCGUUCAUCAUCAGCAGCCUGGAGGAGAUCGAUAUCGUGGCUAUGGGCAUCAGCGACCAGGAGCACAUCAAGGCGGUAUGCAAGGCCGUGCAGCACGUCAAGACCGAGGGGCUGGCAUCAUCGCAGGGAUUUUCUCUCUCGUCCCGAGCAGACUCCGAGGAGAAGCAGGAGGGCGAGGGUGCGUCGGAACAGGAGGCCAAGGAAACACAGAAAUCCAACGGGAAACGGUCUAAGAAGACGAGCCUGCCGUCCAUGAAGCAGGUGGAGGCUUCCCUCAAGCCGUCCGCGAUCAAGUUCGAGGAGCUGGCGAAGGAGAGAACUCUCAAAUCAGGCUUCUUCGAGGAGGUGUACAUGUGCCAGUGGAACGGCCAGACGGUCGUGGCGCGAAACAUGCCCGCCAAGGCCCACCAGUACGAGCAGUUCGCCAGAUACACGGCCACCGUCAUGCCGUUCAAGCAUCCCAACCUCCUGGUGAGCAAGUGGAUGGAGAAGGGAAGCCUCCACGAUGUGCUCUUGCAGGAGGGCGCGUCUCUGUCUCCGCUGCAGCGAGUGCAGAUCGCCCUCGGUGCGGCCGAGGCGCUGCUCUACCUCCACUCCCAAUCCCCGGCGCCCUUCCUCCACAACGACUUCACCUCGCGCAACGUGCUGCUCGACGGCUCGCUGCGCCCUCGCGUGAACAACUUCGGGCUGGCCCGCCCGCCCUCCUUCCUGUGGAUGGCGCCGGAGGUGUUCUCCAAGAAGCAGUACUCGACGGCCGCGGACGUCUUCUCGCUGGGCGUCGUGCUGUGGGAGAUCUUCACCAGCUGCCGCCCCUGGGAGGGCACCCCGCCCUCCAUCGCCGUGCUUCGCGUGGCCAAGGACAGCGCGCGGUUACCCCUUCCCCUGGCCAAGCCGAACGAGAACGACGAGGAGGUGGUGGAGGCCUGGGUGUCGCUCAUCCGCAGCUGCUGGCACGCCGACCCCGCGCGCCGGCCCUCGGCCAAGUCGGUCGUGGAGCGCGUGCGGGAGCUGCUCGCCGCCACCUCGUCGCUGUCGCCGCCGCCCGCGGCCUUCUCCUUCGCGUCGACCUUUGCCCCGUACGCCCACGUCAAACCGACGACCCGGCGCAGCGUGGGCGGCUCCUCGGCCGCCGCCUCGUCGAUGUCCGCCAUUCCCUCGCCCAUGUCGGCCCCGGCCUCGCUCGGCAAGAAGCCCUCGCCGACGCAGUCGGGCUCGCACGCCGGGGUGCCGGAGCGGGUGGUGAACGUGACGGUGGCCGAGAUGGAGUCGGUGCUGCACGACAUGCAGGGGCUCUUGCAUCGGGUCAGGAGCCUGCAGGAGAACUAUGAGACUUCGACCUCCAUCACGACCGACGACGAAGACGAGGAGAGCAUGACGACGAGCGGGGACGUGAGCUUCAGCGAGAGCGACACGGCUGUGUCGUCAUCCUCGGAUUCGCCUCUGCCCUCUCCUGCCAGAUCUGGCGGCGGCGGCGGCGGCCAGCGCGCUGCCGCCUGA